AUUCGACUUGUUUGACCACUUAACAGGAUUGACCCUUUGUCCAAAAUACUAUACUCUUAAUUAAUUUAUAAAAAAAGUGAAUUUAAAAAUAAACAUAUUACAAAGAAAAAAAAAAAAAUCAUGCCAAAAACCUAAACUCGAACCCAUUCUCUCACCAUCCUCGCUCCACCUUAAGUAGAAAUCUUUCACUGCUUCUUUGAGGUGGUGCUGUUGAGUUUUCACGACGCCAGCCUCCAUUGAGUAAGACCCGUUCAUCGAGUUUUGUCGAAACAUGGAUGGCAAGGGAAUGGCAUUGAUUUCUGCUCUCCCAUAGAAAAAGGAUUUGCUGAUUUGGAAGUGACAUCUUAGGCCAUCACGCUCUUAUUCCUGUUAUAGUAUUGUUGCUUUGGUUCUCUCUCUUUAUUCCUUUGCUCCAUCAUCAGCAGAAGAUGGAGUACGUUAGUCCUGAAGGACUCCGUCUGGAUGGUCGGCGCCCCAUGGAAAUGAGGCAACUUCGAGCACAGAUUGGUGCUGUUUCCAAAGCCGAUGGUUCUGCUGUUUUUGAGAUGGGUAACACUAAAGUGAUUGCUGCAGUUUAUGGGCCAAGAGAGGUCCAAAACAGAAGCCAACAGAUUAUUGAUCAGGCAUUGGUGCGAUGUGAGUACACCAUGGCUAAUUUUAGUACUGGAGAUCGCAUGAGAAAACCAAAGGGGGACAGGCGAUCAACAGAAAUAUCUCUAGUUAUUCGUCAGACAAUGGAAGAAUGCAUAUUGACACACUUGAUGCCUCGAUCUCAGAUAGAUAUCUAUGUACGAGUUCUGCAAGCAGAUGGAGGAACUAGAUCUGCAUGUAUCAAUGCUGCAACCUUGGCCCUGGCAGAUGCUGGAAUCCCCAUGCGUGAUCUUGUUACUUCUUGUAGUGCUGGAUAUCUCAAUAGCACUCCUCUUCUUGAUUUGAACUAUGUUGAAGACAGUGCAGGAGGUCCGGAUGUUACUGUUGGAAUCUUACCUAAGUUGGACAAAGUCACUCUUCUUCAGAUGGAUGCUAAGUUGCCAAUUGAUACCUUUGAAAACGUUAUGCAACUUGCUGUCGAGGGCUGCAAGGCAAUAGCAAAUUAUAUUCGAGAAAUAUUGCUGGAGAAUACCAAGCAACUGGAAUAUCGGAGAGGGUUGUAGUUGGUGUUAGUAAGAAAUCAAAAAGUCACUUGCUCAUAACCUGAUAAUGUCAAAUAGGGAUAUAACAGUCAACGAGGGAAUUCAAAAGGUCACUUACUCAUAACCAACCAAAGGUCGGCCUGGUUGAUAACACCUUUUAAGUACACCUUGUAUUAUUCAUAGGUUCUUGAAUUUCCCUAUCUUAUUCAGCCUGUAUUAUUCCAGUUCCAAGUGGGUGUUACAUCCCAAGGUAAAAUUGAGUGGCAAACAUGUUUAGCUUCAUUUUUUUUCCCUUCUGCUGGUAGCAUUUGGUUUAGAAAUUACGUGGCAUCAAUUUUGAAUAUUGUUGGCAAAUUGUUCACUUUUAAGUGGUUUUAGAGCAUUUUUCUAGUAA